UCUAUGGAAACAUCACCUGAAUGGUGUGAGUGUGUGUUUCUACACGCGCGAGGCAACUUCUGAAAAAAAGAAAAGAAAAAAAAACUGUGGUCAGAGCAAGUUGAACUCCCACUUCCUCUCAGUUCUUUGGCUCAAUUUCUUGUGUUUGUGUCUGAAGCUCAGCAGUGAGCAGAGUGACGGCGACCUCAGUGAACCUUAUGAAGAACGUUCGAGCUGCAACAUGAAGAUCCUACAUCUUCACUUUAGUCUGCUGCUGUUGUGUGGAGCUGCAGAGUGUUUCACAGAUAAGCUGGUGGAUUUGGGACAGAAUGUGACUUUAAACUGUGACAUUUCCACAAAAGACGUAUACUGGUUCCUGAUGAAGCCCUCACAGCCUCCACUGUAUAUAUUACGAUCUUUUGCAAAAGCAUCCACAGUGCCUGUGUACAGCAACAGUAGCUUCAGCAAAAGAUUCUCACUGCAGAUAAAUAGUAGUUUAGUUAUACACAAUAUCACUUUGAAUGAAUUAGGAAUUUAUUAUUGCAUGUACAAUGACACACCACCUAAAAUUAGCACUGGCAUCAGGAUACUGCACACCAAUGAAUCGUGUUCGGAUCAUCACAAGACGGAGGAGCAUCAGCAGUUACGGAAUCACACAGAAGGCCACAAAGAGGUCACAAGACAUCAGCAAACCCCUCUCAUUAUUUCCGGCCUGAUGAACUGUGUUCUGCUCUUUGGAGUAAUAGGUCUGACAGUUCAAUGCUGCAAAAGGCCAAAACUCCAACCACAACCUCAAGAGUCUAAUGUCCAGCGGCAUCAAGACCUCAAUGUACAGUAUGAAGAGAUCGAACUACCCACGUCAACCAGCGGUGUGAGGCAGAGUCAAGCCAACAGCACGUACGCUCUGCUACAGUUCCCGAAACCUCGGCAAGGAGCCUGAAGAUCUGCACUCAUCUUGUUUCACAGACAUGUUGGCUAUGCAGCAAAAGACGUUUGAUUUCUGUCGAUUCAACACUGAAUUGACAUGCAAAGAUCAGUACUGGUUGGAGUUGACCUGGCAGAGCUGUGCAACAAUAGUUUUGACACCUCCAUCAACACUUAAGACGGAGGUGAGAUUUACCCUGAGGGUUGAUAAGUGUUGGAGGGAGUGUGAUGGCGGGUCUGCCAUGUGGGUGAAACAUCACGUGUCUCUUCCUUCGUACUUCUUAUACGUUUGGUCAUAAACAUGCCCCCCCGCAUGCUGUAAGGACACAUUUCACUGAUUUCCCCACCUCAUGACGGCCAUUUUGGAGUAACUUUAUGGCCUUUCUAACUUCAGUAGUUUCGCUGUUGUCGGAAGAAAACCUCGUAUCUCCAAAAUGGUAACAUUACAUGAGAAGGAAAAAACAUACUUUACUUUUAAUGUAA